GCCCCAGCCCGUUCCGCUCCCCUGGCUCCCAGCCACGCCGACGGGUGAGUGCGGGGGGCGGUUUCUCCCCCGCCCCCCAAGGCUGGGAGCCAGGGGAGCAGAGCGGAGCGGCCUGCGGCCGGGUCACUUUACUUCCCACCGCCCCCUGAGUGCGGGGUCGGACUGGCUGCCCUGCACGCACCGGGCGGCAGGAAGUGGAGCGACCCAGCCCAACCCGCGGAGGCCUGAGUCCCACACAGCCCCCCCCCCGGGGGGGGGGGGGGCUGCGUAGGGCACCAAAAUGGCUAAGGAGGGGCCUGGCCCCAGUGCGGGGGAACCACUGGAGCAGAAAAUACUCUUACAAGAAUUCGCAGCUGCUGGAUCUGUUUUAGGCUGGUGGUUUCUAAUUUCUACUACCUGCUAAGGACACAAGCCUGAGGUUUAGGCUAUUCUUAACCACACAAAUCACUACCCAGGCCGGGAGCUUUCCCUCCUCUGGUUUGGAGAAUCUACAUGGCUCCUGUGAGUUUUUUCAACAGCAAAGUUCAACAAAAACAAAUAACCAGAGAGAGACAAAAAAAACCCAGGUCCUGGUAACAGGCCCAGAGCUGUGGGGGCUGCCUGGGCUCUGGGUCUCGAUUCUCCAUGAAUUCCAAAGGGUGAAGCUCGACUCCCUCAUUUCUGCCGAUAGGGAGGAAACAAGUGGGGGGGGGGGGGAGAAAGGGGUGAUAUAAUUAGCAUAUCCCAACGCUAUUGGCUCGUUCCCGAUCUGUUUUACAUAGGCCCGCCUCUUCCCCACUCCCUCCUCCGGCUGGCUGGCUGGGUUUUGCGGUAUAGGGCUGCCUGCUAGUGCAGUGCAGUGAUCGGCGAGGGAGGCUGGCGGCGGCGGCGCUGCUGCUGGAGGCGGGGAGAAGGGAACAUUUAAACACUUUUAUUUUUCCGGCGUUCUUCCGCCGCCCGGCUGGGAGUGGGGCUGCCGAGCCCCUCCGCGGAGCUGAGCCGGUGCGUGGGCCGGGAAGAGGCUUUGGAAGGCGCAACAAAGUGGCGAGUGGGCUCCGUCUCGUCUUUCCAUUCCCCCUCUGGUUUCCUGCGGGUGCAGCAUGAAGUGCAGCUAUGGCAAGGCGAGGUAAGACAGUGGUGAGGACGCUGGAAGAUUUGACCCUGGAUUCUGGUUAUGGUGGUGCUGCGGACUCAGUCCGGUCCUCCAACUUGUCCCUGUGCUGUUCGGAUUCCCACCCGGCUUACCCCUAUGGAGGAAACUGCUGGCAGCAUCUAGCUGACUCCAUGCACAGUAGGCACAACAGCUUUGACACUGUCAACACGGUCCUAGUGGAAGACUCCGAGGUGCUGGACUGCUCGGGGCAGCAGUGCUCCAGGCUGCUGCCUGACCUUGAGGAGGUCCCUUGGACUCUGGAGGAGGUGGAGGCGCUGCUCCUGCUGCGGCACAGGGAGCCCCGCGGGCCGGCGGCCACCCCCGCUAGCCCUGCCAGAGAUGCCCUGGCCAAGCUCUCCUCCUUGGUCAGCCGGGCGCUGAUCCGGAUCGCCAAGGAGGCUCAGCGGCUGAGCCUGCGGUUUGCCAAAUGCACCAAGUACGAGAUCCAGAGCGCCAUGGAGAUCGUCCUGGACUGGACGCUGGCCUCCAGCUGCACGGCGGCCGCCCUGGGCGCCCUCUCCCUCUACAACAUGAGCAGCAGCGGCGGGGACCGCUUCAGCCGGGGCAAAUCCACCCGCUGCGGGCUCACCUUCUCGGUGGGCAAGUUCUACCGCUGGAUGGUGGACAGCCGGGUGGCCGUGCGCAUCCACGAGCACGCCGCCAUCUACCUGACCGCCUGCCUGGAGAACCUCUUCCGAGACAUCUACGGGCGGGUGAUGGCGGGGGGCAGCGCCUCGGCCCACCCGCACCCCAACCGGGGCUCGGGCUCCGGCUCGGCCGCCGCCGCUGGCGCGGAGAAGGACAAGGAGAGCGGCGGCGGUGAAGCGCCCAAGUUUACGGUGGAGGCUCUGGAGCAGACGGUCAACAACGACGCGGAGCUGUGGGGCUUGCUGCAGCCCUACCAGCACCUCAUCUGCGGGAAGAACGCCAGCGGUGUUCUCUGCCUGCCAGACAGUCUGAACCUUCACAAAGACCAACAAAGGUCAAAUAAGCCUGGCGAAGUACAGAUGUUUAGCCAAUCAGAGUUAAGGACCAUAGAGCAAUCCUUGCUCGCUACCCGGGUGGGAAGCAUUGCCGAACUCAGUGAUCUGGUGUCUCGAGCAAUGCAUCACCUCCAGCCACUCAACUCAAAGCAGCAUGGCAACGGCACUCCAAUGCACCACAAGCAGGGAUCACUAUACUGGGAACCCGAGGCGUUGUACACACUCUGUUAUUUUAUGCAUUGUCCACAGAUGGAAUGGGAAAACCCUAAUGUUGAGCCUUCAAAAGUCACACUGCAGAUUGAAAGGCCAUUCAUAGUGCUGCCACCCCUGAUGGAAUGGAUAAGGGUUGCUCUGGCUCAUGCAGGGCACCGUCGCAGUUUCUCUGUGGACAGUGAUGAUGUACGGCAAGCAGCAAGGCUCUUACUACCUGGAGUUGACUGUGAACCUCGACAGUUAAAAAUCGACGACUGCUUCUGUGCUUCUCGAAAACUGGACGCAGUAGCCACAGAAGCUAAAUUCAAGCAGGAUCUGGGAUUCCGAAUGCUGAACUGCGGCCGAACGGAUCUAGUUAAACAGGCCAUAUCUUUGCUGGGGCCAGAUGGAAUUAACAGCAUGAGUGAACAGGGCAUGACUCCACUGAUGUAUGCUUGUGUCAGGGGUGAUGAGGCUAUGGUGCAGAUGCUACUAGAUGCUGGAGCAGAUUUGAAUGUUGAGGUUGUCAGUACUGCUCAUAAAUAUCCAUCCGUCCACCCCGAGACCCGCCAUUGGACAGCUCUGACAUUUGCUGUGUUGCAUGGACAUAUUCCUGUAGUUCAGCUAUUGCUGGAUGCUGGAGCAAAGGUAGAAGGUUCUUUAGAGCAAGGAGAGGAAAAUUACUCGGAAACUCCUUUGCAACUGGCAGCAGCUGCUGGAAAUUUUGAACUGGUGACUUUGCUGUUGGAGCGAGGUGCUGACCCCAUGAUAGGAACAAUGUACAGAAAUGGAAUUUCCAUGACUCCACAAGGUGACAUGAACUCUUUCAGUCAGGCUGCUGCACAUGGACACAGCCUUCCAGAGGAACGUAGAUGCAGGAAUGUGUUUCGUAAGCUGCUUGCUCAGCCAGAGAAAGAGAAGAGUGAUAUUCUGUCCCUGGAGGAAAUACUGGCUGAGGGAACUGACUUGGCAGAUGCUGCACCAGCUCCUUUGUGCGCCAGCCGCAACAGCAAGGCCAAACUGAAAGCACUGAAAGAAGCCAUGUAUCACAGCGCCGAGCAUGGAUAUGUGGAUGUCACUAUUGACAUAAGGAGCAUAGGAGUUCCAUGGACGCUACAUACAUGGUUGGAGUCUUUGCGAACUUCCUUUCAGCAGCACAGAAGGCCUCUCAUCCAAUGCUUGUUAAAGGAAUUUAAAUCCAUUCAGGAGGAAGAGUACACUGAGGAGCUCAUCACACAUGGGUUGCCUUUGAUGUUUGAGAUACUGAAAGCAAGUAAGAAUGAAGUGAUAAGUCAGCAACUGUCUGUCAUUUUCACUCAUUGCUAUGGACCUUAUCCUAUUCCAAAACUUGUUGAAAUCAAACGAAAGCAGACCUCUCGUUUAGAUCCCCAUUUUCUUAACAAUAAAGAGAUGUCAGAUGUUACAUUUCUGGUGGAAGGAAGACCAUUUUAUGCGCAUCGAGUGUUACUAUUUACUGCAUCCCCAAGGUUUAAAGCGCUGCUAUCUAGCAAACCCUCAGCUGAGAACACUUGUAUUGAGAUCAGCUAUGUGAAGUACCCCAUAUUUCAGCUGGUUAUGCAGUAUCUUUACUAUGGCGGUGCAGAAUCACUCCUAAUUAAGAAUAAUGAAAUAAUGGAGCUUCUCUCUGCUGCUAAAUUCUUCCAGCUUGAAGCUUUGCAACGACACUGUGAGAUCAUCUGUGCAAAAAGUAUAAACACAGAAAGUUGUGUGGAUAUUUAUAAUCAUGCCAAGUUUCUCGGAGUCACAGAACUAUCCUCCUAUUGUGAAGGCUACUUUCUAAAAAAUAUGAUGGUCCUCAUUGAAAAUGAAGCUUUCAAACAGCUGUUGUAUGACAAGAAUGGAGACACGUCUGGUCAGAAUGUACUACAAGACUUACAGAGGACGUUGGCGACACGGAUUCAGUCAAUUCAUUUGUCUUCUUCGAAGGGCUCCGUUGUAUAAAGGUCAGGAAGGAGAUCGCGCUCAGAAAAGACACUGCGAGUUCAGGCUCCUGUUGCAGUUGCUUAAAUGAACAUACAAAAUUCUGCUUCACAUUGGAAUAUAUUUUUUUUUGUUGGCCAAAGGUGCUGCUUUUAGGCUGCAGCCUCACUUAGAUGAGGGAAUACUGUACAUAUGGCUCCUACCCAUUUUUGAGAAACAAGGAUAUAGCACUAUUCUGUGAAUUACUGGUAUGUUCAAUUCUGAACGCAAAAGUGUGGUCUUGGAGCUAAUGCCAACAAAAGCCAGAACUCACCAAUGAACAGCAGAAGCCUCUGCCUGAACAAAGAUGCCAUGGACCACUUAAAAUGACAAAUGGGUUAUUUAAGGUUAUUCUGCUCCACCAUGUUAUACAUUUAAGAACUGUACUGUACCUAUCCCAGAGUCCAUUCUAUUGUGCAUUUAAGAAACGUAAGAUUUGUUAGUUGCUGUUUCAUAAGGGUCAACUGUGUUAGAGAGUUGGUAAGACUGUUAUAAAUGAGGAAAUAUACUGGCAAAUUUUUAGGGGUGGGAACUUUUUAAAAUUGUUCAUAACAAAUGGGGUGGCCUUGUAGUUUAAAAUCUAUUUCUUAAGCUUAAAAAUUCAUUUUUGACAGAGUUGUGUUUGCGAAUCUAUGUAACAUGUUUUGUUUUUUAAAGGCACACUGUGUAAAUACUGUAUACAUAUGAGCAGGUUUUGCUUGUAUUCUUUCCUAAGGUGGUAUAAUCUUGCCUAAAUGGUUAUGGUUACACCAAAGAGGUACAUUACCAAGACAAUAUCUAAUACAGUAGUUGGGGAAUAAAAAUCUGCAUGCUAAUUGUGAUUUGGGGUUAAAAACAAUAACAAACUCAACAUGCAUUUGCAUGGUAACUGUACCUGUGAAAUGUUAUGUUUGUGCUUUGUUUUGCCAAGACUGCUUGUCAAACUCCAUUUGUGAAAUUAGCAUAUUUACUUUUUUUUCUUGGUGCAAAUGGUAGUGAGAUGAUUCCCACAGAGACUUGUUGGAAGAUGCUGAUUUCUGUUUGUUACAUGGAAGAGUUAAGAUCAGCCUUUAUUCUAGUAACAUGUCAAUAUUUCGCUACUGGCCAGAGAUUGUGACUAAGUUAGACUUUUUUAAAUUAUUAUUAAAUAUGUACUAUAGAAUAAUUUCUUACUGUAUCCUCUGAAUGUAUAGGUUAUCUACAAUGGAGGUGUUCAAUGUCAGGGCUCAAUUUAUUUUGCAGCAUACUGUUAGCAAGAGAGAUCUGUUAAGUGCCACAAUUUUCUGGACAUCUUGUACUUGAUGAUACCUUUCACGAAUCGGUUGAUUUAAAACAUAGGGAAGACCUCAGUAAAGAGUAGGAGAAAGGCGCUAUCUUUUCAGUGGCAAAAUUACAUGUAUUUCUUUUCUAGCAUGCUUUUUGAAACUGUGCCUGGUUCACAGAUUUUUAGAAGCUUUAAUUUGACAGUGCAUGGUAACUUCUUGGUCUUUUGUUAGAGUAUUUAUGUCCGGUGCUAUUUCAUGUUUAUAGCUUUUGGAAUGCUCAGAAAACACAGUCUUUGCAUUAGUUACCAACAUGAUAGGAAACUGUUUUAUUGUUCUGAUCUGUAAAUCCUCCCGUAUGCUUGAUCAUUUUAAAGCCUAUACAGUAUCUGCAACAAAUUACAAAAUUGUCUAAACUACCAUUAAUGUCUCAGAGACACAGCAUGUCAGCCUAACAAUGAAUUAUCAGACAAUUUGUUUCUGCAUAUGAUAUGCCAUAUAAGAUGUUGUCUAGAUCAUUUAGCUACUGGCGACUUACUUUUCUGUGAAUGUUGCAAUGCUAGAGAAGCAAGAACCUGAUAAAUGCAAUUGCAACUCUUGGGGGUGCUUAUAUUAUAGUUUGGUGUGCUUCCUCACUCACUGAAACCCAUUCUUCCAUAUUGGUAACAAUCUGCAUAAUAAAAACAAAUCUCACCCAGCAGCUUAAUGUUAACUUCUCUAAAUAUAAAAUUAUAAUGCUCCAGAUUUUUACCCAGUAAUCAAGUAGGCCAAAUUCUACCCUCAGGUGCACACAGAGCUCCCACUAAAGUAAUCAGGCAUUGCAGACAUGUAUCCACAAGCAGAAUUUUUCUCGGUGGGAAGUAAAACCACAGGUAUAAAUUCAGCUAGGCAAUCUGGUAUCUUAACAGGAUGAUAACCACUGCUUAUGUAGCAAUGACUUCAGGGCAUACAUUAAUAGCGGUCCAGGACAUUGGUAAUGGGAUAUAGAGCCUAUAUUCCUGGGUUACUCAUUGGAAUGUUGAUGUAGACUGAUGUCACCAGCACAGAAAUCCACCACAAUAGGUGUAACUUUCUUUGGCAGUGUCAGCAAAAAAAAUCAAAGACUGGAUGGGGAAGGGAGACUUCUCUCCUGUCUCACCCUGAGAACUGGCUCCUCUAGGUUAGACGCAUAGGAUGAGCUGUGGUAAGCUUGAAGUGUCACUGACUUUGUGGUAUUUGUUCUGCUGCUAAACAGAGGACUUCACUUGCUCUAUCUCUAGUACAUCUUUCAUGAGCAUUACAUUCACUAGAAGUAUUCUGUUAGGAACAAAGGGACAAAUUCUCCCUUCACUCUGUGCACAGGGGUUACUAUGGACUAAAAGGGAAUUGUGUGAGCAUGCAAGGCAAAAUUAGACCCAAAACUAGUAGCAGCAAAGCGAACCUGCCUCUAAACAAACACCACAAAUCUCCUUCAGCAGGACUGUGUCAACCCAUAGAUUUGUGCAUUCCCUUUGCUUCUUCAGGGGCUCAUUAAUCUGGAACAUUGCGCACGAUCUAAUGCUCGGGGUUCCAGUGCAUAAGCCUUCAGAUUUAAGUUACUGCUACCAUGGGAUUUGCUUUGCUCUCAACUAAACAUGAACAGGAGAACAAGAUUAUAGAAGUCUAUGGGAUCAAAAAUGCUCCUGAAAGAGGAUUCUGGCUAUUGAUUGGUGUGGCAGUGUCUAUUGCUAUUAAAGCUAUUAUUAAUGGAUACAUUCGAGUACAUUGCACCGUUAUUGGUUUGCAAACACUGGUGGAAAAGCUCAUGGGAGGGCUUAUUAGGGCAGCAAAAACUGCAUGGUUUCCCUCACAGAGUUUCCUCCCUGUUCUUCAAUGGGGGGCAGAAUUCCCAGACUCAGCUAAGCAGGGGGGUACAGACCUGGGGUCCCAUUGAGCUCCACAACGCACAGAUUCUGGAGUCCCUCUGGGUGCCUGAUCCACACCCAAUCGAACCGGAACUGCUAUCGUUCCAUUUCAGUAGAAGCCUCUGUGGUGAAUUUCAUUCAAAAAAACACUUAGAAUGUGACCAUGAUCCUAUAAGACAUGGCCUUUCCAUACAGCAAUCAUUAUCGUAGUGGUACAUAUCAGUGUCCUUUAGAAAGUGCUGUUAUUUCAGGAAACAAAAGCCUUUGUUCAUUAAUCUCUGUACCGAUUGCAAUAAUUCAUCCAUUCUGGGGAAGAAUUCCCUCUAUCCUCCCCCCAAGGAAUUUCAGAUGGUUGGGUGAACUGGAAAUUCUUUUUAAAACCCUUAGAAAAAGUGUAUUAAUUUUUUCAAUCAUAACUCGCACUCCCCUUCCCUCUGCACAACGAUCUAGGGCUUUUUUUUUCCAUCUAGGUUUUUAUAAGGUCACCCAUCACUGUGGUAUCUGGGCAUCUACAGGCACUUUGACCCUUCUCAGUUGCAAGUCCUGCCUUUCCUUCUCUAGAAGAGACCCAAUCUCCUCUUAGCUCCCUUAAUUGCCCCGCAGUCCCCAGAACGCACCCACUUGCCUAAUCUGUUGCCAGCUCCCUCCCUGUUCUAGAACCAUGCUGGUUCCCUCCCUGACCCUGGCAGAUGUUAUCUCAACUAACCCAGCUCUCCCCUUUGGUUCAUUGCCCCAUAAUCAGCUUGAAAACUGGCAGAGGAGGUGGGCUGGGUGGAAACAUAUGAUAGGAAAGUUUGGGGGCAUCAGGGAGCAAGGUUAGUACUCUUUUCAGGGAAAACUCCAGAACCAUCUCCCAGUUACUCAAAUCCUCCCUGCUCCACAGAUUGGAGACCUUCCAUCUCUUAGAAACAGAUGGCUUCCAAAUAUUUUCUACUCUAGAAAAUGGUCAGUUUCCUAAGGGAGCCUUUCUCCAGGCUAAAACUUUGCAUGCACGUUCUUGGCUCAGAACUGAAUUGAUUGUGCAAAGUAUAUAAAUGUAUAUAUUCCAAGUUGUGCAUGGGGAAUUAGUGGAAAGCCUCUCACUGGCACUACCAGGAGCUGCUCUGGUAAGUUUCCACCUGCCACUUUUUAAACUGACACUGUUCAUGUUGAAGAUCCACUUAUAGUUGUCUUCAUACCAAAAACUGUACUAGUCCCUUUUGGAUGCAUUACAGUAUGCGGUGUGAUAGGGAGUCUUUCUGGACCCUCCAGUUCUGUGCCAAAAUGUACUGUGGUUUGAUGUUUGAAGAUUUUUUUUUUUUCAGUGAUUUCAGCUCCCACUGAAAUGAGCUACAUUUCAAUGGUGCAGUAGUGAGAGAGAGAGCUGGCCUUUUCUUCAAAAACAAAAAACCAAAUUAAGGGCCCAGUCCUGCACACAAAACCAAGUGAAGUCAAUUGGGACCUGUCUUGUCAGUGUGUUAUUGACAUAUGUACAGCUGUCAUUAAAUUGAACACACCUAAAUUUCUAUACAGUAUUGAGAUUCCAGAUAGGGCUCAAGCCAUACUAGACAAAAAAGCCAUUUCCCUAUAUUAUUGACUACAGGCCAAAUCAAUGCAAGUUGCAGAUACUCAAGACUUCCUCAGGAGUCAGCUCUAUAUUAAUAAUAAUUCGUACAUAGGACCAGAUCCUGAAGUCGGUAUGUGUUAAAACUGGCACUGAAGUCAAUCGGUGUUCUGCGUGAAUAAGGGUGGAGUAAAAGCUGAAUAAGGACUUUGGGAUUUGGCCCAUGGUGUCUUUAAUCUGAGAAUCUCAAAAUGCUUUACAAACAUUACCAGCUUGAUAUUGCUGCUCUUACUCCUGCUUAAUACCUUAUCCCAGAAAUAGUCCCAUUGAAAUUAAUAGGUCGAAGGAUGGAGUGCGCUGUAUUCUCAUUUCUAAUAUGCAUGCACUCCUCCCAUUGACUAGAUAGUUGAGCUCUAGCAAAUGUUAACUUUUCUAUGUCAGUAUAAAUGUCUGCAUUGCAUCUGAGAGAGUGAAUUUGUCUGAACACCUUUGGCUGGUGGCUGACGUCGGCCAGUCAACUUUCCAUCAUUUCCGCUGCUGUGUUUUCAUUAAAACUUCUAUUACCUUUCCCACUCACUGCGGUUAUAGAUUAUUUUUUCUUAUCACAUUUCUGAAGCAAACAAAGAAAACAACCUGAAAUAUCCAAGCAGAAACAAAUUAUGUUUAAAAAUAGGGCAAGUUAGAAAACAGGGACACUCAGCCAUACAAGGAUGUGACCUUUAUAAAACAGUCACAUUAGAAAACAGCUCGUUCUUUAAAUGGGCCUUAAUCAUAACACCUCAGCCAUGCUGGCAAGGAUGGCAAGUGAUCUAAGGUUCAAAUUAACUAGAGUCCUUCAAGCCACAUAAUCAAUCCCAGCAGCAUUGACUGACCCUUUCAUCACUCUGUGAUCGAUAAAUUCAAUACCAUCUAGUUUACUGUUGGGGGGAGGGGUAUCGUUCAGGUGAGACGUUAUCAAGUCUGGUCCUCUCCGCUCUACAAGACCUUUAAACAGCACAUACGUAGCGCUUCAAGUGCAGGGAUUUGUCCCAUUAUCCUUAACUGAAAGUUCCCCUUUCUCCCGUUGUUGUGCAGUGAGCUGUGUGCCAGUUGGAUGGUGCCCUAUGCCCCAGUGGUGGCUGGAUUUCAAUGGUGCUGUAGGUCUCUAAAUCAUGAAGCACCUGAGAGUCUUCAGAAUGAACGGUGCUACAUAAAAGUAAAAUAAUUCAUCUUAUCAGAGAGCCCAAACUAAGUAGGGUCAAGGCUGGCUAGACCUCCAAUAAAACAUGUGCUUCAGAAGGCAGUGUUGGUGGGUCAGAAGGUGGCUUUUCCCCUUUGAGACCCUGAACCAAUGCCCCAGCCUGGUGUUUGAGAGCACUGUGCUAUGGGUGGUGACAUCUUUCAGAUGAGUCAUAAAGCUGAGGUCCUGACCCCUUGUGGUCAUUAAAGAACUGAUGGCACAUUACACAAGAGUAGGUUAGAGCUGUCAACCUCAGGGUCUUGGCCAAACUCCAAUUUAGAAAUUAUAUGGUGCCUACCAAAAUUCCUCUUGUGUAUUUCAAGUAGGUAUGUUAUUCACUUCUUGUCCUAAAUGUCUGUGUACCGUUGCAAUGUACUGUUGUAAGCACCUGCCUUUCACUCUAGCAUUUGCUUGUAUAUCAGUGGUAGAUGAAGACAUUUGUGUGUGAGAGAGAAUUAUGCAUAUAAUAAGUCAAACUCCCAUCCUACAUUGCAUGGGUGCAACUACACAGCAAAGUAUGAUACUUUCCUAGUGCUCUUUUCAGCACUGUGUGGAGGGCCUGGCUAAUGUGUCUCCUGGUACUUUAUGGCCCCAAGGUGAUGUGGUCAGGACCCAUGCACCCCUCUAUACUGUGUCCUGCAUCACACAAUAGAGAGGUCUGGAUCUUGCUCGUUUUAGAGCAGCAUUAUGGUGCUCUGAAAAGAGUUCCCUCAGCCUCUUUGCACUAAUGAGAUGGCUACUGGACUAUACUUCAGUCCAGCUCAUCUGCAAGCCUUCCCCUUGUAAUACCACCUGCACAGAAUGAGUCUACUCAGAGCAAGAUUUUGAAUCUGUAAAGCAUUUUAAGACCCUCUGGGACAAAAGAUGCUUUAUAAAAUCAGAUAUUCUGUAUCUGAACAGUUCAUGUUCUGCGUCUUCUGUUUUUUACAUGUGAAAUGUUUUUGUUUUUUAUUUGUGUGAGUGAGUGAGAGAGAGAUGGACAGUAAAUAAAUGUACUGUAUAUCUUAUGAGAUGUGAAAUCAUGUCUGUAAUGAGAUCUCUUGCUAAUGUCAGUCAGCCUUCCCUGAUGCUAAGGGUUUGGCAAUAUGCAUUAUUGAAUUGAAUAGCUAAACCUCCAGCUCCACUUGCCCAAAAGGGCUUACCUUUGUACAUAGGUUAACAUUUUUUAAUGUUUGAUAUAAGAUCAUUGAAAGUAAUUUGUAAUUUAGAUGAGGGAGAAAUGGGCAUUCUAGAAAAAAAAUCAAUUCAAAUUAUAGGGUGGGGGCCAUUCAUAAAACAAACCAAAAGGCUUGGUGCAACACCCGUUGAAGUCCAGUAGAUUGGGCCCCAUUUUUUAGUUCUUAUUCAGACAUUAAACAAUUUGCCAUGAAUUUGCUACAUGUGAAUCUGAAGUGUAGAUCAUGUUGAACCUAAGCAGAAAAGCAAAAUGCAUGUAUGUAAUUGGGUACCAGCGUCUAUGUGCUUAAGUAGGGAAAGAUACCUCCCCAUCUCCAUCUCUGAAGACCUGGCAUGUUCUUACGUUUACUUCAGAAAAUAAAAGAUGAAAGAAUCCCAACGCCAAUGCUUGGGUGACACAGAAGAGCUAACACUGUAAAUGAGAAACGCUUGCUUGCUGCCUUCAUCCUUGUCCAAGUCUAUCAGUUACCUCUUUCAGAUUUCAGUAAAAGUUAUAUUUAUAAAGUUAUUAGGGAAAAACAAAAACCAGAGAGAAAGCCAUGAUGGAAAAAAUUCUUUCCGAGAAUAAAACAGAACUGUAGCAUGAAGACUUCAGAUUACAAAAUCUGCAGCAAACCCUUCCUGCAGAAAAAAGACAGUUUUUCGCUGUCAUCUUGUAAAACUAAUGAUGGUUUGAUUACUUGUUGGAGCUUUUUUAUUAGUAUUAGUAUUAUUUCUGUAUCUAGCACAGGAAGCUCUCAUAUGCCAUCUCUCAAUGAGGUUUCUAUGGAAAAGGUUACUUUAUUGGGAAACAAAAAUUGCACAACCAGAUAAUACUAUCCAGAGCACAAGGAGGUGAUGUCCUACUUUAUGCAACCAUCAUUUAAGUACUGGCUUUUGGGUUUAUAUAAGUGUUCUAGUUAUUUUAAAAUGAACAAUAUAUCUGGAACAUUUGUUUGCCCUUCUCAUUGUCCAUUUAAGCUUGUACAAACUGCACAAUAGUAAAAGCCACUGCACAGAAAAUAGGGGAAAUAUGGAUGAUUUAAAAGAUUAAGCAAUAGUUUAGCUCAAUGGGUACAAUUUUUGAAAGGGUGAUUUAGGAGCUGAAGGCCCUUUUUCAAAAGAGACUUAGGAGUCUACAUCUUAUUGAAAGACAUUGGGACUUAGGCACUUUUGAAAAAUCUUCCCCAAUAUCAAAACUGUUCAGAUCUUAAUGUUAUGGAGCAAGCUGUCUACUCCCAGGAAAUUCAAAGUUAAGGAGAAUAAUCUACUUUUAACUCACGCCUUAUUUAAUAUGAGAUACCAGCCUUAAUUUUAAAUGUAGCAGCUUUUGUCUAACUGUCACAACCUAAAUUCUGCUUUAAAAUAUUUUUAUUUCAUUUCCUUGUUUUCUUUUCUUUUUUUAAGUUUAAAAAGAAGGUUUUUCUUUCCGCAUAAUGUAUUCAGUCUGUUGGAUCUUUACGUGUUCAAUCAUAUAAUGAGAUCCUUAGCACAUUAUAAAUGCUAAAAUGUCUUAGGAAAAUUUCUGAAAACAUGUUCACUGAGUGCACUUUAGAAUAUUUUAACCCCCAAUCUCAGAUGUUAAGUCUUUUAAAAUCUCCAGUGAGAUUAGGAUUCAUGCCUUGCCAAAUGUCAUUUUGUAAAUCUAGUGUUAACAUUGUACAAAUACAAACCAGCGUUUGAAACCAGCAAGGAUUUUUUUUUCUUUAAUCUGAUUAGCCAGAUCUUCUUUUCAAGGGUAAAAUAACUUGCUUUUAGUUUGAGACUAUGUAUGCAAAGCUUCUGAGUGAAUUGUUAUAACCAAGUUAAGAAAUGGGGGAAACUGGGUUUAGAGAGAAAUUUAACUGCAGUAGUGCAAAAGGUAGACUUAUUUUAGGGCCUGAGCUAACUCCCACUCACAGCAAUGGGAAUCCUUCCACUGACUUCAGUGGGAGUUGGAUCAGGCCUAUAAUAUUUAAAAGUGUGCUAAAGCAGUGUGUCUUAGCCUUUUUGAUAGCAAGGACCGGCUUGCUGCCUUCCUAAACUGUGUCAGGAAGAUCCCAGGGACCGGCGCCGGCCCAUGGACUUGUCGUUGAGAAACAGUGUGCUAAAGGAUAUACUCUCCCCUCUCCCCAUAUGCAGAACUGUGGUUGGUAUCAAUGAGAGGCUCCCAUAAGGACUGAAGGGAGAAUAUGCCCUGAAGGCCCAAUCCUAUCAUCCUUGUGCAUAUUGGCCUUAAUUCAGCAAAGGCGCUUAAUUACGCAUAUGCUUAACGUGUGUGACUUUAAGCAUCCCUUUCCAGCAAAAUACUUAAGCAUGUGCUUAAGAUCCAUUGGUUUCAAUGGUACUUAAGCAUGUGUUUAAAAUUAAAGUUAAGCACAUACUUAAGAGUUUUGCUGAACAGAGAUGGGAUUAUUCAUGUACUUAAGUGUUCUGGUGAUUCAGGGCCUUCAAACUUCCAGUGAUUUCGCUGGAAGCAUCACACAUUUACAGGCUGCAGAAUCAGGCUCAAGUGUGGGUGUGAAGCAUUAUUAUGAAUUGGACUAGCCUGAGAAAACAAUGGCAAUUUUAAUUUCAGGAGAGUGACAUUCCAUGAACAUCCGUUUAGCUGGGAGGGUUAAUAUGUAAUAUUUACUAUAAUUACAUUUCAUCUUUUUUUUAAAAAAAACUCUCUCUUUGAGGCAGCACCUGAGUCCAGCAAGUAUGAAAUAAUGCCAAAAGACUUUAAAUACUUGCCCAUAUCGCCAAACCCUGCUAACUUGUCCAAACAGAAGUAGUCCCAUCAAAAUUAUGGAGAGCAAGAUUUGGCCCAUGGACUGUACAAAUUUACUGAUGUGUGAACACAAGUCCCAAUUCAGUUCAGUAAGACUGAUUACUUCCUGGAUAAAAGCACAUCCUGCCAAUUCACCCUGGUUGUAAAUGAACUGAAGUCAAAGGAGUUAUAGCAGAGAUGAAUUUAGCUCGCUGGGAGCAGUCCAGUAUGUAAGCAAAACUCCCAGUGAAGUCAAUAGGUGUUUUCCUUUGUAGGGACUGCAUAAUUGGGGCCACAUGAUGAACUAUAUUUAUCAGACAGACAGACCAUUCUUGUGUAAAUGCUGUUGGUAGCUUUGUGUGAAGGCCAAACAAAACAAAACAAAAUCAAACUUCAUGGGAACACACCAGAGAAUAAUAAACUUGCACCUUGCUAGGAUAGCUUUAUUAGUGUAUAUUAUAUGUAAAUUUCAAACCAGAGAAUACAUGUCGUUCACUGUACGUAUCUGGUUACUUAGGUGGCAGUGCUGUGCACUGCUGUUUAGGAGCUCCAGGUUCUUUAGUCUUGGGUUUCCAACUCUAAAGGUUGCUGGAGGCCAAGCACAUCAUCCUUGGGGCCAGUCAAAAAUAGGAGGGAUGGAGUGAUAGCCACCCACUACAAAAGUGGUUAUGACUAUGGAUCAGGACAGAGGUUGGCUUUGGAGAAGGUUGCUUGCCCACACUCCUGGCCAGUGGAUAAGAGCCUCCUUCAUAGUCAUGUAAAGUAGAAGGGAAGUUAUUGAGUUUCUGGUGGUCCACGUGGGUGGAGAACUCAAAAUCCUAUUUGAAUCAGUCUUUAAUAGGGACCUGGUGUGGUAAGAAGGAACCCAUGAUUUAAUGUAACACAGAAAAGACCACAACAAAACAGUGUGUAUAUACCUAUCUAUUUCCUAACGUCUCUGUAUUGAAUGGGUUUGAUCAUUUGUAAAAAAAAACCAACUGAUUGCUCAUGUUGUGUUACUGCUUUUAAUUUCUUUGCAUGAACUCUGGCAUAUAAUUCUUUAAGGGGGGAAAAAAAUUAUAUAUAUAUAUAUAUAUAAUAGCCUGCAAAAUAUUCUUGUUGGACAGCCAUGUUUUGUGCAAAUUGUAUAUUAUUGUUGUGAGCAAUAUUGGAAUAUGAACUUUUAUUAGUUGUUGGCAUUAAAAUAUGUUUUUAUUGAUAGUAAAUUUGUCAUAUUAUUUUUGGGUAUGUAGCAUGGGCUUUCAUAUUCAGAUGUGAGCACAACUACCGAAAGGGCCAUUUUCAGUGCAGUGAAAAUAUCACCAACUUUCACUAAACAAGCAGGCAUGCAAAUGACAUUCAUUUUUAUGCAAUUUACAAACUUAUUUAUUCAUGCCAAUUGACAGGCCUAUACUUUUUUAGGCUCGCUAUAGCAAUGCUUGACUUCAUCUUUGAAAAGAUCAUGCUGUUAGCCCCUUUUUAAAAAAUGGAACCAAUGCCCCAAUCCAGAAAAGCAUGUGCUUAACUUAAAACACGCAAGUAGGCCCCUUAACCUCAGUGAGACCACUCACAUGCUUAAAGUUAAGCAUCUGCUUAAAUGCUUUGCUGGAUCAGGCGCUAAAAAAUGUAGUUUUCUCUUGCCUUUGGAUAGUAAAUGCUUUAUUUUCAGCUUUUCAUGCAGCACAUUUUUCAGUUUAGGGACCUGUUUAAAGUGAAAUAUUAAUAUGGCUUUAUGAGAGCUACAGCAACUAUCUAGUCAUUUGGCACUUGACGUUUAUAACUUUUGGGUGGCUUGUAAACACCAUAAAUAGCUGUUUGCUCUAUGUUUACUUCUGGGAAAUGUGUUCUAUUGAUUUAAAAUGUUUAAAGUUAAUACAUUGACUGCCUUUUUUGUACAUUUGUUAUUUCAAAGGUUUGAUUUAAAUUAUAACAAUUGUAGUAUAUUUUCAGACUUUAAAUAAUAGCUGACAGUUCUGUAUUUGAGAGGCAAAGUUAUUAAUAAAUAUAGCAGAUUCAUAUUCUAAUCCUAUUUUAUACCGCUCCCUCCAAAGGUUUAUCAGAUUGCAAUGAAUACUCCGGAACAGCAGGUGGAGCUCUUUUGAGUGUGUUUAUGAACCAUCCCUGUUCAAUAAAAAUUUCAGUUUUUCUAGCUUA